AUGGAAUACGGGAGUGACAUUGAAUACGGGAGUGACAUGGAAUACGAGAGUGACAUAGAAUACGAGAGUGACAUAGAAUACGGGAGUGACAUGGAAUACGAGAGUGACAUAGAAUACGGGAGUGACAUGGAAUACGGGAGUGACAUGGAAUACGGGAGUGACAUAGAAUACGGGAGUGACAUGAAAUACGGGAGUGACAUGACAUACGGGAGUGACAUGGAAUACGGGAGUGACAUGGAAUACGGGAGUGACAUGGAAUACGGGAGUGACAUUGAAUACGGGAGUGACAUGGAAUACGAGAGUGACAUAGAAUACGAGAGUGACAUAGAAUACGGGAGUGACAUGGAAUACGAGAGUGACAUAGAAUACGGGAGUGACAUGGAAUACGGGAGUGACAUAGAAUACGGGAGUGACAUGAAAUACGGGAGUGACAUGACAUACGGGAGUGACAUAGAAUACGGGAGUGACAUGGAAUACGGGAGUGACAUGGAAUACUGGAGUGACAUGGAAUACGUGUACCAGCGUAUGGACAACGAUCGGGGCUCCAUAUGA